ACCUUCAGCUGCUCCGCACGUCUCUUCCUUCUCCUUUUCUCCAGCAGUUUUCCAAAGUUUUUCUUGUUUUGCAAAGUUUUUGCACCUUUAAUUCAUUGUCUUUACCUGCCUGCUCCUUUCUGUGAAGCAUCCAAACGUAAAGCGUGUGGGUGGGAAAGAAGGAGAGGAAGGCGGAGUUGUUUUUUUUGUUGUUUUUUUAUUUUAUUUUAUGGGUUGUAGAGAAACCUGCCUGUCUGCUUCGAACGAAGAGAGAAGAGGAGGAGGAGCCUACUGGGUGUGGGAUUCCAGACAAAGGAGACAUAAACACACUGACACUAGAUCAGUGGUGCAAAAAAGGAGAGAGACAGCUGGAAAGCUUCAUUUUUCAACUCCAACUAUAACUCGGGGAAAAGUCUUUUAAAAAAGGGAUUUGUUGGAGUGCAUGUAAGAGCUGUGUGAGCCUUUUUGCGAACUGCUGAGGUAUGUUUGUGUUGGAUCUGGGCUUCACGUAUGCUGCCCACAGUGUGCAGAGGCGUGUGGAUUAGUGUGUUUGGGAUGGAAAAGUGGGGCUGGCUCAGCAAACAGCUCUGCUCUUAGCUUUACGCCAUGGGGGGCUGCCACAGUUACCCCUCGGCUACGAAGGUAGACACCAAGACUCCUCAGCCAUCAGACAUCCACAAUGAGAAACUCGGAGUCAACAACAAUAACCAGGAGCAGCCUCCAUAUCUGCAGCAGCGAAAUGUUUGCCAGAGGAUCACAAACGCUGACAUGUUUGCCCUCACGUCGCUGCCGCCUGGCGUGGACAAAGCGGAGUGGCUGGCCAGCAACACUGUGGCUUUUUUCAAGCACAUAAACCUGUUCUCCAGCGCUCUGUCAGAGUUCUGCAGUCCCAGCACCUGCCCAUUCGCCUGUGGGCCAGGCAACGUGGUCUACUUUUGGACUGACGACCACGGCAGGAAGCUGAAAUGCUCUGCUCCACUUUACUUUGAUUACGCCAUGUCGUACAUUCAGGAGCUUCUGACUGAUGAAGAUGUCUUCCCCACAAAAGCAGGCACAGCGUUUCCGACAGGAUUCAUCUUCCUUGUCCAGAAGGUCUUUUUGCUGUUGUUCAGGACUCUGGCUCACAUUUACUGGUCUCACUAUAGUGAGGUCCUUGCUCUUGGCCUGCAUCCAUACCUAAACACUCUCUUUUUCCACCUAAUGCUUUUCUGCCAGCAGCAUUCACUGCUGGAGCCUGAAGACAUGAAGCCUCUGCAGGAUCUCAUAACCGCUCUGGAACGGCACAAAUAAAACGCUCAGAUUGCCCCGUUCUUGCUUAUUUAUUGGUUAAAGUCUGUAAUAUCGGACUUUUUUUUGUGCAAAACUCCAAAUUAUAUUAUAGUUAAUUUUUUUUAAAGACAGGUCCGGGAGAUGUAAAAUGCCAAAGAAGAUGUGGGAGCCUCUGCUUCCACUUGUGAGCUCAGUUAUUCAAUUAAUGUCAUUUUUAUCAUUAAACCUAUAUUGCAUGUUUGUUUUUAUUUCUAUAACUGCAUAUUGUUUUUUGCAAAAGGCAUCAUCCAUGUCUUCUUCCAUGUAAGAUUCAAAAUAAACGCUACUUCAAGAAGACAUCUAGGCGAAACAAACAGCUUAUGCUGUAAUGGGAUUCUGGGGGUCCCGCAAUACUAAUAUGUGGCUGCAGUUACUAUAAAAGUUUAUAAGUGCAGAAAGUUUGCUUUUUCUUUUUAGAAAGAUUUGUGAUAAACCAUUGUUACAAGAUCAGAGACUGAAUGCUUAUUAUUAAAUGUAAUUUGUAUGUGAAAUUAAGACUUGUAACAAGUUUGGUGCAGUCUUUUAGUUGAACAACAGCACUACCUGCUGCCAGGAGUGAAGUUUACUAUAUCUGAUUUUUUUUUUUUCUGCACUCUUUCUGUUUCUUUAAUGUUGGAUUUUUGCAUUAAAACAAUGCAAAAUGGUACCACUCAUAUUUUAUGUAAAUGUGCACAAACCACUUUAUCCUAACUUUGAGACAUUUCAGUAUGCAACCUUGAUUCAUUAGCACAAACAGAUUUCCAACAAGUGAAGACAAUGGAAAAAAGUUUUUUUUUUUUUUUUUUUUAAGCCCUUAUCAACUUUUUCUCCUAUUUUCUUCUUUCUCUCUUUUAGUAGUGGAGCCAAAACAAAAGGAAGCAAACAUGUCUUUUUUUCUAUAUGUAAAGUCUUUUUAUCCUAUCAAUGUAUUUUUAAAAAAUAAAUAUUUUCUCUGGUGUUAUGAUGGUUAUAAAACCUAUCCACAAGA